UUAUAUUAUUUUAUUUUAUUUUUUUGUAGAAGAAACGUAGAAUAGUAUUUUAUAAAUUCGCAUGUUUAAUGGUGGUCAAUAUCUAUAUACUCGGGAAAACACAUUAUUAAAUAAAAAAAAAGGUAGAAAGGGAAACUAAUUUAUUGGUAUUGAACUCAUUUCUUUAACAUAAAUCUUUAUCAUCGUAGUCCCCAUUUGGGAUAAUUAUUUGUAUUCUAAUUCGAUUAUAACAAAAAGGGGCAUUCAGUCUAAAGAUCAAGAUACUGAAGAGUCAUAUAGCCUCCAGCCUACAUCUGAUGAUAAAUUAAAAGGCCCCAGAAUGAUUGGUAUUCAGGCUCUGGUCGCAUGUCUUGCGGCCUUGACUAUAUAUACAAUUAACGCUAGUUCUAAUCAACCGACUUUUCACAUUUUAUGCAUGUAUGUGGUUGAACGACAUCACAUCCAAUUCUAUGGACUAUGGCAACUCAUAAGAGCUAAUCUAGGGAACGACUUGGUAUUAUAUCCAUUCAUUCACACUAGCCCGCGAUGAACACUAAGCGGAUCGAGUCAGCGCGCUUGUAUUUUUACUAUACUACAUGAUGUCGGGAACCAAAUAUUAUUCACCUAAAUUUAAAAGGGGGAAAAACCUGUGAUACACAUAGCAAAAAUAAAAAAUUCAAAAUAAUUUAUAGUUACAUCCCGAAUUGCUCAAAGGCGCCUAUUUUUUAAAUAUUAAAUAGAAAUUUCAACUUACCUUUUUAUUCUAUUAUUAACUCCUAAUUAAGAAGUGCUAUAUAAAAAAAAAUUACAAGAUAUUUUAAUUAAUGAUGAUAACGAUUGAUUUAUAUUGUUUUUCCUUAUCAAAAGGGAAAUACUAUUAUCGUUAAAUAUAAUUUAAAAGAAUUGUACGUGUAAUUACGUUAAAAAAAUGCUUUAAAAAUACGGGAUGAUCUCAAAUUCUAGGAAAGGAUUGGUAGCCCCACAAAACACAUUCUUGGAGCAAAUCAUUCGCAGGAGCCAUAAUCAACAUAGCAAUUUCGUUUUGGCCAAUGCUCAAAUCAUAGAUUAUCCCAUAGUCUACUGCAACGAAAAUUUUUGCAAGAUGACUGGUUACAACCGGGCUGAAAUUAUUCAUAAGAGUUGCACUUGUUCCUUCCUGGUCGGGGAAAUGACCGAUAAAGAAAUGCUCAAAAAAUUGCAGAUCACGCUCGAAAACGCCGAACAGUCUCACACUGAGAUUUUGUUCUAUCGCAAAAAUGGUACUCCUUUAUGGGUCCUCCUAUUCGCUGCCCCUAUCAAAGACGAUAAAGAAAAUAUAGUAUUGUUUUUAUUGACCUUUCGCGAUAUUACUCCUAUCAAACAACCGUUGUAUCCCGAUAUUAAACCAGGUUUAAGUAAAUUUGCAAGAUUAGCGAGGUCCGUAACCCGGAGUAGAGCUCUUUUGCAGCAUUCCAACCAUAUAGGUGGUAAAACUGAAGGUGCAAAUAAAUCUGCCCAUCUAGCACACGUAGUUCACCUUGACCUAGAAAAUUUACCUCAUUAUAGACUGGAAACUCCAAAAACUCCUCUCCACAUAAUUUUGCAUUAUUGCGCCUUUAAGGCUUUUUGGGACUGGGUCAUUUUGGUGCUCACAUUUUACACGGCUAUCAUGGUUCCUUUCAAUGUGGCUUUCAAGAGUAAAACCAUCGAGGACAUUGGCCUUCUAGUCGUUGAUGCGGUAGUGGAUGUGAUAUUUUUCAUAGACAUAGUUUUAAAUUUUCAUACGACCUUCGUGGGAGCUAAAGGUGAAAUAGUCUCCGAUCCCAAGACCAUUAGAAUGAAUUAUCUUAAAACUUGGUUCGUGAUAGAUCUCCUAUCUUGUCUGCCAUACGAUAUUUUUAGCGCCUUUGAAGAUGUUAACGAGGGUAUCAGUAGUCUCUUUAGCGCGUUAAAGGUAGUCAGACUGCUCAGACUUGUGCGGGUUACUCGCAAAUUGGACCAUUAUUUCGAAUACGCUGCCGCAUUUUUGCUUCUAUUGAUUAGCAUUUUCAUAUUGUUCGGUCAUUGGUUAGCCUGUAUUUGGUACAGUAUAGGAUACGUCGAAGCUGAAUCUAAUAUCGGAUACGGUUGGUUGAGAUCCGUAAGCCGUACACUUAACAUAUCAUUUUCUUACACAAAUUCUACGCCUCCCAAGCUUGUAGAUGGUCCGAGUCGCAAACAAAGAUAUAUAUCUUCCCUUUAUUUUACUAUGACUUGCUUGACCACAGUUGGCUUUGGAAACAUAUCCCCUAAUACAGAUGCUGAAAAGAUAUUUUCCAUUAUAAUGAUGCUUAUCGGAUCUCUCUUAUACGCUACUAUAUUCGGUAACGUGACCACUAUAUUUCAACAAAUGGCCGCCAACACCGCCAGAUACCAUGAAAUGUUGAAUAACGUGAGAGAUUUCAUGAAGUUAUACGAAGUUCCUAAAGAUUUAUCGGAAAGAGUAAUGGAUUAUAUCGUCUCUAGGUGGGCUGCCACAAAGGGAAUCGAUAUAGCUAAAGUGUUUACGUAUUGUCCAAAAGAUAUGCAAGCCGAUAUAUGCGUUCAUCUAAACAGGAAAGUCUUUCAAGAUCAAGCAGCGUUUCGGUUAGCCAGCGAUGGGUGUCUUAGAGCAUUGGCAGUUAAUUUUCAAAUGAACCACAAUGCCCCUGGCGAUCUUAUAUGUCAUACUGGGGAAAGUGUGGACACCUUAUUUUUCGUAGUCUCUGGGUCUUUAGAAGUUAUACAGGAUGAUGAAGUGGUGGCAGUUCUGAGUAACGGUGACGUGUUUGGGGAUUAUUUUUGGCGAGAACAGACCAUCGGACAAUCGAGUGCUAACGUCAGGGCCUUAACAUAUUGCGACCUACACGUCAUCAAAAGGGACAAACUAUUGGACGUAUUGGCUUUUUAUCAAGCCUUCGCUAAUUCUUUCGCCAGAAAUCUCAUUCUGAACUACAAUCUCCGACACAGAAUAGUUUUUAGAAAGGUUGCUGAUGUCAAACGUGAAUUGGAGUUAGAAGAACUUCGGAAAAAUCAACCUUUGCCACAGUUUGACGAAAAUCACCCGGUUCGAAAAUUACUAUCUAGACUUCGCAAAUCUAGCACUGCUCAGGAUAAAGUUUUAGGAAUUCUAGGUAGCACUACAAACUCGACCUCAGAAAUCAAAGGUGCCUUCAUCAAGAAAAAUUCCAGUUCAGGAUCGUCAAUCCUUCAACCCAAUAGAAUGUUGAAUAAAUUGACUGCCUCGGUGGCUCCCGCAAAAAAUAGUGAUCCAUUGACACAUAUGCUAGGCGAUAAGAUAAUUACAUCCUUAAACAAGGAUACUAAUCUUCAGUUUAAUAUACCCAUGCCUACCUCAACUAUUUUAAAUAAUGUCAUCGAGAUGAACAAUUUGUCUAGCAUCGUGAAAAGCGAAAGUAGAUUGCCUUUGAUAGAAGCAUCCACCAACAAUGAUGAAAUAGAUGAUGAGGACGAUGAAAGAAAGUCUCAACUCAUGUUGGAGACGCUGAGAAAACAAAAAGAACGAAAAUGGCGGCAUUUGUUGAUAGGGGAAGACGAUGAACCAAGCAAACAAAUAGCCCCUUUAAUUAAUAUCCCCACCGUUUAUACGGAAAAUAGUACCAGGUAUCUCGGCAUUGCACCUUCUACACCUUCUCGACCAAUAUAUGAACCGGUGAAUAUGAUAGAAAAUAGCGUAAUAAUGAUAAACAGCGAAAUAAAAGAUAUAAAAGUUGCCAUGGAACGGAUAGAGCUAAAAAUUAAUCACAUAUUGGCUAGGCUGGAUCAUGACCCGAAUUUCAAUCAGCCUACCGUUCCAAUAUCUUACACAAAUUCCUUCAAUUCCGAUUCUUACAUAACCCUUUCUAGUCCAACCUUAAAUAAUUCUUCAACUUUACACCCGUCAAUACCACCUACAAUUGCGAUAUCUAACAUUUCGUCAUUGCCUAGAAUCAAAAAUAUUAUCGAAAAAGAUCAAGAUAUGGAAGUUUAAUCUAUUUUCCUUUUGGGAUAAAGAUUCUAAACGCGAGUCCAGUCAAUAUAUAAAGAUCUUACCUGUUCAUUUUCAUUAUACCAAAGCAUAUGCCUUAUUUAUGUUAGUAGAUAAGAGAAUGAUGGUCGAGAUUGUUAUGAUUUAUAUAUGCAGUUCAUAUUCAUGCAAAAUAUUGUAUUAAACUAUAUUGUAGAUAAUUUCUAUUAUACACAUUUAAAAUUAUAUUGCCGAAUUUGAACAAAUAUAUAUAUUUAAGUACAAAUGUGAUAUUAAAUAAAUGGAUUUAAUAUUUGA